CAGAUAAUUAGACAGUUUGAUUCAAACAGUUCAUUGAGAAAGAAAGGGGUCGCUGGAACUAUUCGCAACUGUUGUUUUGAAGCUGAGAAUCAGCUACAAAAUUUGCUUUUGGUAUCAGAGUUUCUAUGGCCUGCAUUACUUCUUCCCGUAGCUGGAAACAAGAUCUACAGCGAGGAGGACAGAAUGAAAAUGCCACUUGAACUUGGGAGUGUACUUUCGAUCGAGCGUGAACCAGUUAAUGAUCCGGAAAUCCGCACUCAAGUAUUGGAAGCCAUAUACUUGAUCUUGUUGCAGGAGGCGGGUCGAAGAGCCUUUUGGUCUGUAAACGGGCCUAGAAUAGUACAAGUCGGUUACGAAGACGAGGAAGAUCCAAAAGUGAUGGGAACGUUUGAGCAACUAGGAUCCUUGUUGGUUAACGGCAGCGGUAUCGAGGAACCAUCCACUGAGACGACACAAUAG